AUGGGGGACCGCUUUACGUUGGUCACAUAUAGAAAGAAUCGGCCAAAAGGAAUACCUGUGCUGUUCAAGCCCGUCGACGUCAGCCGUUCCUUCUGGAAAGUAAACCCAAACGAUGUGGCUAGAGACGUCUGGACUGCUGCGCAAGAGGCAAUCCCCCACCAUCGCAUAAACAAGGAUGGCAGCUUGUGUGUUUUUGUGAAGUCUGAGGGAGCUGUAUCUAACCUCUUGGCGCUUGAGUUUGUAGCAGGGAUUGCGGUAUCUGUCUCAAUACCGUCCUCCUACGUGUCCAAUAUGGGUAAGAUCUAUGAUGUCCCUCUGGACUAUGACAACGGAGACCUUGCCUUAUACCUGGAGAGAGAAGGCGUCAUCUCUGCACGCCGGCAAGUCCGUCAUGUUUACCACGAGGACGGUACCGACAGCUACAUUCCUCUUCGGAGCGUUAUCCUUACGUUUAAGCCCACCCUGAAGCUUCCCGACAAGGUACACUUGGGAUUUGGCACACAUGACGUUUAUGAGUACGUGGAUGGCCCAGUCCAAUGUUAUAACUGCCAGCGUUUCGGCCAUCUCGCGCGCAACUGCCGCUGGCCCACACGAUGCAAGAUUUGCUCAGGCUCGCACACCCUUCAGGAUUGCACUGCGCGGCGUGAGCCAAAGUGCUCAAACUGUGGUGGACCACAUGCGGCCUCACAUUCUCUGUGUCCUCGGAAGAGAUCGGCGAUCCAGCGCUUCCAGACGGAUGUACUCCCCAGCGUAGGCCGACCUGUGGUCAGUAGUAGCAACGAUGCCCCGGUGGAAACAGCGCCAUGCAAACAACAAACGACUGCUGCGGCGAAGUCCCGUAAGAGAAAGCGUCGCCCAGGUCGGACUCAGCGGUCUCUGAACCGCAACCAAGAGCCCAUGCUGGAGCUGGAUGCCAGGACUCCUCUCCCGUCGUCGUCUCCUUUGCGUGAGUCCUACACUGUAAACUGA